AUGCAAAUUCCUGAGAAUUAUACUUUGACUAUCCUUGGAGCUGGUGUUAUGGGAUCUGCUGUUUUAUCAGCAGUCUUGAAAAAUAGGCCAACCCCAUUUCCAGGGAAGAUUUUCUGUUGCACAGGUUCUUCUGCCUCUGCCCAACGUUUACAAGAAACCUACGGCAAUGCAAUUACUGCUACGUAUGGGGAGAGCAAUUUUCAACCGGUUAAGGAGGCCGAUGUUAUUGUUUUAGGAUGUAAACCAUUUAUGUGUCAGACUAUUAUUGACCAGGUCAAGGGGGCCCUAGACGGGAAUAAGGUAAUCAUCUCACUGCUGGCUGGGUGGAAAAUUGACCAAUUGAGUACAUCAGUCGGCUCUCCUUACAUUGCACGUGUGAUGACCAAUACACCGGCUAAAUACGGUUGCGGCACUGCUGUUGUAUCAUUUUCAAGCGAUUUACAGGGCACUGAUUUUCAAUCGGUAAGAGAGACAAUCAUGGCAAUUGUCGAUACCGUUGGCAUGGCUCUUGAGUUACCAGAGAAAAAUAUGGACGCUGCCACUUCUUUGGUAGGUUCUGGUCCUGCAUUUGUGUUGUUGAUGAUGCAAGCGUUGGCUGAGGGUGGUGUCCGUAUGGGUAUACCCUAUGAAACCGCAAAGAAAUGCGCAGCAAAAGUCAUGGAAGGCACCUCCAAAAUGGUUAUGGAAAGUGGUCAACAUCCUGAAGCUUUAAAGAGCAUGGUUUGUACUCCAGGUGGAACUACGAUCGGCGGUCUCCUCACUUUAGAAGACAGAGGGGUGAGAGGUGCAAUUUCUAGGGCUGUUGAGGAAGCAGCUGAUAUUGCAUCCAAAUUAGGUAAGAAAUAG